CAGAUCUGGGCAGACGCAAUCAUCUGCUGCAGCAAUCAUCAGAUGGACUCCCGGUUCGACUCGGAAACCAUCGAACUUCGAAGACUCUCAACUCGGCCAUGUCAAACGGGGACAUUCUUCACCAUCCUGCGGUUGCAUGAUCCACAUGGGGCUGCCACUGCCGGGCUCGCACACAUCACCCGGUUUUCUCAUCCCACAAUGGCUUCCAGCACUUGGGUGCCCCAGCGCUCUGUCGCAGAGACGCAAGCUAUUCUCGACGCUCCCGAAUCGCUACUGGAGACGGAGACGCGUGUGAUCGACAACAAGGUGCAGCGGGUGUACAAGAAGCUCUGGCCGACCAUCCGAGACUUCUGGCUGUGGUCCGCUGCGAGGACGGGCAAUGCCGACAAGACGUAUGUCGUCUUCGAGAAACAGCGGUACACGUACCAGCAGAUGUUCGACCGGUCGGUGAAGGCCGCGGCGGUCUUCCGGGAUGUGUAUGGAAUUAAGAAAGGGGACAAGGUAGCCAUCUGCUCGCGCAACAAUCCAGAGUACCUCGUCGCCUUCUGGGCUUGUCACUUCCUGGGAGCCAUAACCGUACUGGUCAACGCCUGGCUGCCGACUACUCCAUUGCUGCAUUGCUUCACUCUGACUGAAUGCAAGCUCGUCAUGCUUGACGCUGAACGCGCGGAUCUGCUCGAGCCAGUGGUCAAGCAGCUAGGUGCGGCGGGCACGGUCGUCAUCGACAGCCAUGAGGGCAAAGGCAGCUGGGAUGGGAUGGCUUCCUGGAAUGCUGUGAUGGAUCGCUAUACUGGGGACGCUCGCUCUGUCUUGGCCACGAAAGUAGAGCUUCUGCCGGAAGACGACGCGGUUAUCUUUUUCACUUCGGUGCGGAGUAUGUCCUCAUUUUGCUUUCAGAUGCCGAGCUUACCAUGGUCCCAGACUACAGGAUUACCCAAGGGAGUGCUCAGCACCCAUCGCCAAUACAUGACCAACACCUUGACUGUGCGAUACCCCCUGUGUUUCUGUGUGACAGCCAGCUUACACGGGCAACAGGCUUUCUCGGCCCGAGCCCGAUGCAUGGUGCGACGCGGUGAAGCGAUGCCGGUCCUAGAUCCGAACGCGUCGCAACAAGUAAUGCUUGCACCGAGUCCAUUCUUCCAUGUCGUGGGUGUGAGUCAUACUAGUCGUCGCCUUUCCUUCCCCGGGAUGCUAACGCCCGAACAGUUAACAACAUUAGUGAUGAUAGGGACCUUUAGCGGGGCGAAGCUCGUUCUGAUCCGUAAAUGGAAUGUCAAGGAAGCCAUUCGUCUCGCCGUGGCGGAGAAUGUCACCUACUUUGGCGGCGUCCCGUCCCUCUCCGCAGAUAUUAUCGAAAGUGAACUGAGCAAAAUGGGAAUCGCGCUUGAUACCUUGGCGCUCGGUGGGGCGGCUGUGCCUGCGGAACUGGCUAAGCGAGCGCAUGCGGCUUUCCCGAUACUCUACUACUUCACGCAUCCGACUGGAUGUAGAUAUGGUCUUACAGAGACGAACGGUGCUGCGACUUUGUUCUCUGGGGAAGACUAUGUUGCUCGACCCGACAGUUGCGGAGUCUUGCCUCCUGUGGGCGAUGUACUUAUCGUCAAGGAUGGGAAAGCCGUCCCGCAUGGGCAGCUGGGCGAGAUCUGGCUGCGCGGGCCGAAUAUCAUGAAAGGCUACUACCGGGAUCCAGGCAAGUUGAUACUCACCGGCGAUGUCGGCAUGCAAGAUGAGGAAGGAUUCAUUUACAUCAGAGACCGAAUCAAAGACAUCAUCAUCCGCGGAGGCGAGAACGUGGACUCCACGACUGUCGAGAAUGCGCUGUUCCUCGAGGGUGUGCUGGAGGUCGCAGCCGUCGGGGUGCCGGACAAGCGUCUCGGCGAACUCGUGACCGCCUUCGUGGCUCUGAAAGAUGGCUUCGAAGGGCGCUGGAGUGAGCAAACCAUCCUUGCCGCCGCGCGAACCAAGCUCCCGUCAUUCGCUGUUCCAGUCAUGAUCCUGUUUAAGAAUGAUCUGCCGCAUAAUGCGGCCGGCAAAAUCGUCAAGAGCGACCUGAGGGAGAUCGCGGCAAAGGAAUGGCUUAAUCGGAGCGCUGGCAGAGCAGCGACGGCCAAGUUGUAGGACUGCCCAUAGAAUAAUACGCUCUUCAAACUUUUAUCAUUAAGGCUUACAUCGACAUACAUAGAUUGACUUUUCGCAAACUUUGCCUGGGUUCAAUGACCGUGCUCAGACGAGGCGCUGAACCAGACAUCCUCGUCGUCGUCGUCGCUGGCGCCCUUGGAGGGCAUCCUCCGAUGUCCGAGACGCCCAGCAACAACCCGGCGCGCGAGGAAGAAGGUCGGCGGCGGAACAGGGAACGCAUCCAGCUCAGCCAACAUAUCGUCGUCGUCCGAAUACUCAUCUUCCUCGUCCUCGUCCUCCUCCUCGUCAUCACCGUCGCCGUCCUCACCGCCGGACGAGCGAUCACGAGGCAGCCGGAAGUGCAGGAACGACGUUCGGUCGGGAUGCGGGCGUGCAACCGAUGCGGGUGCAGAUGCCGAUCCAAAUGCAAGUGCCGAUGCAAAUGCCGUCUGCGGGAUCGGGGGAACAGGGCCGAUCGGCUCUGGCCUGGGCGGAGGAAGGACACUGCGCCGCCGACGCCCAGGCCCUGCGCGUGGUGCGGUCUCCGUCUUCUUCUGCAUGCCGCGUGUAGGGAGGAUCCCAGGCGACCACGGAGAUGACGGGGCGGUCCAGGGACGCGGGAAGUCGCGUGGUGGGGGGGUCGAUGUCGCCGCGACGCCGAGGGACGUGGGCCGGCCGCGCACCACCGCGUCGGGCGUCGGGGGAGCAGACGACGAAGAGGAGGAGGAGUAGUUGGACACCGUGGGCGAGUGCACGGGCGAGGCGGACGCAGACACAGACGAGAACGAGUCGGAGUCGUACAGCGCGUAGCGUUUGGCGGGUGCGAGGGGCGGGGCGGCCGCCCUCCUGCGCCCAAAGACGUGGCUCGCGGACGGGACGGACAGCGGCGCGGGGCGCGGCAUGGCGAGUUUUUGACGGAGGCGCGUGAACAGCGUGCGUGUGCGCGGGGAGUCUGGCGCGGGGCGGGCAGGACCUGCGCUGGUGUUUUGGGCGCCGAGGGGUGGAGGGACUCCGGGGCCUGGGCCUGCUGCUGCUGCGGCUGCUGCUCGAGGACGAGGGAGCGCUCGACGAGCCCGGUGAACUCAGGCAGCGUCAUGGACGGUCGUGUACUGUGCAAGGAGGAAAACAUGGAUACUAACUAGACAGGUCGCACGAAGGAGUGCUUGGGGACGACGGUCGCACCGCUGCUAGAAGUAGAUUAGAAUUGAGUUUUAUCCAUCCUGUGGCAUCUCAGCGCUGUUCCUAGCCGCUCUUCCAUCACCUUGCAUAUCGGUUCAAGGAACACGAAGUGGGCUCCAUGGAAGGACAGAAACUUUAAGGGUGUG